AUUUUUAACGUGCACGACCGACGUUUAUCGACCAGAGACAUCCAACGCCGCCGCCGAAAUUCCGCAGUGCAGCAGAUGUUUGACAUGUGCGCAUUUCCGUGUUUAGUCGUAGUUUUGGACCGGUGGGUGGAUGGGUGGUCACAUGGGCUGGCUGAACGAUGGGUGAGCGGGACAGUCGGAGAGGAGUGCGACCAAUAGAAUUGCCGUUCGCCCGGUGAUGGGAACCACCACCGCCGCCGCCACCGCCACCCCAUCAAUAGCUCAUAAAAAGGCACGCAGCAGCGCCCGAUCGUCAUUUCGCGUUACUGUCUACUUGGUGUUCACUCAAUUAUUACAUCGUCUAUAGCUUCGCUUCAAACACGAUGGAGUUUGUGAAAAUUAUGAUAUUGCUGAUGGCCGUCGUUAUGCCGAUCAUACAUUCAUUACCAACCCAGACAACACCCUCGGAAUUACAAGGUGGUGAAGACAACUCAACACCAUUUUUUCUUGAAAUCGAACUGGAUCGUGGUCAGGAACAGGCAGAUAUAGAUAAUAAAAGAAAUGAUAUGGAUUUAAUAACAUUUAUCAAGAAUAAAUUGGCUUUAAGAAAAAAAAAUCUUCUUGAAAAGCUAAAGGACUACUCACUUCUAAAGGAAACAUUUCAUUUCCCAUUAGGUAUUGGAAGUCUAAAGGGAUUAUAUACAUUCCUAUUCAAUAUAGGUAAUAUCCGAGAAAGGAGAAGUUUUAGAUCAUCGGCGAAAACAACAACAACAACAACCACAGAACGUUAUGGAGAUUGGGAAAUUGAAAACCCUCCUAAUGAUGGAGACACUGCUCUUACUAUGUACAAGUGACUUUCUUAUAGAUAACAAUAUGUUUGUUACAGUAAAAUAUUAUGAGAUAAAAAAAAAACAUUUUAAAUAAUUUGUUCUUAUGUAGUUAAAUUGUAACAUCUAUUAAUGUAUUUUCUUCAAUAAUAACAAUAAUGAAUUAUGUAGGGAAAAGUAUAAUUAUAUAUCAACGUUCCCAAUCAUGUAAACAUAUUAAUAUAUUAUACUGCAUUGCUAUAGUGUAGACGGUACAACGUUAUAUGCGGAGUAUAUUAUAUUAUUUAUAUGCGUUGUACUACCUAUCGUAGUUAUCAUAUUUUAUUUAUUAAUAUUUAUACUAAUUUUAAUAAUAAAAAUUAACUGUAUGACAAAUAAAUACGUAUUCAUUUUACAA